CAUACUGAAUUUACUGUUAUAUUGAUUUGAAGAAGAAAUUGUUUUCUGGUCUUCUAUCAAAGCAGCUAAGAUUUAAAUGUUAUAUCUGUGAUAAUUCUGCAGAUCUGACCAUGUGACAUUGUAUUUCUCACUGAUGUGAUCAUGUUUCUCCACAAGACAUUUUCGAUUUAAUGGAUUUAGCAGCCAUCAACAUUAAUUUGUGCAAAACAAUCUGAUAGUGUCAUCAACAGGCUGAGGAUUAUAAGCCAGUACAACUUUUCAAGGUGACAAUUUAUGAGCAAUUUACACAAGUUGAAACUUUGUGUUUUAAGUCGAGACUUCUGAAAUACAUCAAAAUGAUUGCUCUCCAAACUUUCAGCACCAACGUUCAUUUUAAGCAAACAUGUGACUGCAUCUCUAACACAGUCACAGGCUUCAGCAUCAACACGACAGCACAAGGUGGUGGAAACGAGAAGCAGUUCCUGGGAAAAUUUGUACAGAAACAGACGAAGUAUGGAACUACAACCAAAUUGGCUCCAAAAAGUACGACAUACAUCAAACACAAGAUAUCGGAAAAGGACACAAUGAUGGGUAUUGCUCUUAGAUAUGGAAUAACGGUGGAACAGCUGAAGAGGGAGAACAAACUGUGGACCAAUGAUAGUCUGUUUCUACGGGAACAUUUACUGGUCCCUGUUGCUAGGGAGGAUGUAGCAACACUGCCAGAGGACAUUGAAGUAGUCGAUGUUGACCCCAGAAUUAGGUCAAGGUCGGGAAGUCAAAUUUCAAAUUCUAGUCGAAAAAGCGGUGAAAGUGGAGAACAUGGUGAUUCUACAGACAAUGGUGUUUCUGUGGAGCCGAAAGUGUCGCCACUCGACUUCCUUAACAAAUACGAUUCUAAUAUAGCACAACUUAAAUCUAAUAUGGAGAAAAUGGAAACAAAUGCAAGGUCUUUAAACAAAGGUGAGUCGGACAACCCGCUGACGUUUCUUCCGAGGAAAACUAAAAAUGGUGCUAGGCGACACUCGGGUUCAGCCGUUACAGUUCGACAGCUUGAAACAAGGGGACAUAACUCUGAUGUUGAAAAACGGAAAACAAAUAGUGUGGAUUGUGAAUCAUCACCGGUACUUUUGAUAAAGUCGCGAAACUCAACCCGACAAGUUCAGACUUCACGAGAGAAACAGGAGCGAGCUAAUGACGAACUGUUUGAGUUAUGAUGCUGUUAUAAUUUUGUUAUGUUGAAGUUUUUUCGUUUUUGUUCCCAAAUUUCGUCAGUAUAUGCACAAUGUUAAUAUAUCAUAUCCUAAGUUUUUUGUUGUCUUAUAAGUAUUAUUUACCUAGUAUUUGUUCCAGUUUUUAAGUAAUUCACCCCUGAAGACACAUUUGAACUCUACCAAUUCAUAGGUUGGAAUAGUUCAUUAUGAAAUUUUGGGGAUAAACGAGUGUAAUUAAUAUCAAAUUAAUUUUUGUUUGUUUUUUAUUCAAAUUAAGAUACAGUGCCAUUUAAAGAUGAAAAUGAGAUGCCAAUUUUUGUAAAAAAAAAUCUCACACUUGGUGACAUUGAAUAUAAAAAUGAAACACCAGUGUUUUUUUAAAAUCUUGGAUUUAGAGAUAUUGAAGAUGAAAUUGAGAUGCCAUUUUUUUUUUUUUUUUAGAUCUUCGAUUCACAGAUAAUCUUUUUGUUCUUUUAAAUCUCAGAUUGAGUGAUAUUGAAAAUGAAACACCAGUUGUUUACUUGUUUCCUUUCCCGCAUGUGCUGGUUCAUUAUUUUUGCAGCUGGGUAGACUGAAACAUUGAAGAGUAAAUUUAUGCUUAAUUUUAAUUUACAAUUUAUUUUCUGUGAUAUCAUUUAUUUUUGUAAGAUCAAAUUUCAAAAAUAUUGCUGAUAAGAGUAUUCUUUCAACAUCAAAAUCCUGUCCAAUUUCAGAAACGGUUUUUGUGGGAUCAGUGAGAAUUUCCCACCCUUGUUUGUUGCUUACAUUAGACCUGCUCUAAUCAAUAUGCUUAUAUUAGUAAUCAGGGAUUGAUGCACCAUUUCAUUUCUAAACAUUUUCUUCAGGUUAGUAUGUAUGGAUUGUGAUUAGUUUCUUGUAAAACAACCAAUAAGUGUUUCUAGGUGAUGUUUCGAUGACUAGUAUGGUAUAUCAUUUGUCUGAUGAAGGUGACAGUGUACAUACCGUACUAGUCAUCACAAUGUCACAUAGAAACACUUGUAACAAGAAACUAAUCAUAAGGUACCAUUUCAUACAUGAUACUGGUUGAUUUUGAAAAAAUUCUACUUACCUGAACCAUAUUUUCAUACUCGGCAAACAAAUUCCACUGUCUGUAUCCAAUGUCCGUAUCCAGCGUCCGUAUCCAAAUCUUCCAAAUGUUCAGGUGAUCUUACGUGGAUAGUAAAGUAAUGAAAAUUCAGGUAGAAAUGGCUGGACAACAUUGGAUGGAAGGUUAAUCAACACUAUUUAUCCCUGUAAACCAUAAUGGACUCAUCCAUAUCAAUGCAUGGUAAUGUCCACUAAAGUUACAUAGGGGUGGAAGGGUUUUUAUAGUUUACCUGUUUCGGCAUACUAGGUAUGCCGUUUUCAGAGUUCAUAGUAAAUAUUGAAAAUUUUCUUUUGCCCUGGUAUAAAAUCUACUCCAGAAUGUAGCCCUGGGCUAGCAGAACUGUGACUUCUGAUUAAAAGUCUAAAUGUGUUCAGUUCAGUAGGAAUGUUAUCAUAGAAAGUUAGCGUGCAUAAUUAUAAAACAUAAACAUGAUUCAUUUAAAGCGUUUCAAUAAUUUUUGUGUUCAUUUUUUUUCUGUUGAUUAAUAUGGAACCGAUAUUUAUGGGAGUAUUUUUGCUGUCAACAAUUUACAACCAACAAUUAAUACAAAUCAAGUUAAUUUUUUGAACAAAAGAUAAUCGGCUGAUAAUGAUAGGAUUGUAAAGAUACAAAGAAUACAUCAUCAGAUGAAAGAAACCAACAAUAAAAUCUGUUUAUAUUUUAUCUGGAUUUUCAAAGACACACUGUACUUUAUAACAAACCCUAGGUGUUCAAAGGAAGCGAUGGAUCUUUUCAGUGUGUGGGUAAAUAAGUAGAAAGCCGACCGGAUUGAAAUGUAAGGUUGUUAUUUUGAAUGGAAAUGACUGCAAUUACGCUUCUUUCAUUAUUUACUUGCUUUCAUUAAAAAAAAAGAACAAUUGUAUAAAUUAAUUAUUAUCCCGGUAUAUCAUCAUUUUUCGACCAAUCAGAAAUCAACAUUUAAAAAGCAUUUCUUUUGUGUUGUUUUGAGGUGGUCACAUAUAACCUAAUUAUAAUUAUCCUACACAUGUAGGUAAAAUUAAUUAUCCUUAAUAGACAAUAAUUACUGUAAGGAAUAAAAGUAUUCCUGAGUAA